AUGAUGCACCGCCGCAAAUCCAGCAAGGAGGAAGACGACGCCGUCGCUGUCGUCGUCACCAACGGGGAUCACCCCCGGGCAUCGAACGGCGAUGCGGCACAUGCCUUGGCCUCCGCAGCGACCCCGGCGCUGGCGAUCCCCCCGUCGCGCUCCCGCGUGAACUCAACGCCCCCCGCCCCGCCGGCGGACUUGUCCCUCUCGUCGUCGCCGCCGCACCCCGCGCACCCGCCCUCGGCGGGGCCGCUCCAGACGAGCUUCAGCCUUCCCCGGGCGACACACACGCACAUGCACGCGCACGCGCCGGCGUCGCCCUUCCGCCAGUCCUUCUCGAUGCCGUCGCACCUGCACACGCACACGCACGCCCGCACCCGCUCCACCUCGGGCACGCCCUUCUCUCCCCCGCUCCCGUCCCCGCUCUCCGCCUCCUUCCCCCCGCAGUCUCCAGUCUCCCCCGCCCAUGGCCCCGCCCCGCCCUUCCCCGCCUCCGCCUCCGACCCCCCGCUCUCCCCCCAGCCCCAGGCUUCCACCCACCCCCGCCGCCACGCCCGCCUCCACUCCCGCAACCUCUCCGUCUUCUUCCCGCGCCCCGGCUCCCUCCCCCACGCCUCCAUCGCCGAAGACGGCGCCCAGGAGCUCGAGAACGGCGCCCAAGACCACGACGCCACCGCGCCCGUCUCUCUCAUCCCUCCCGCCUCGCCCACCGUCGCGCGCCACAAAAAGCUCGGCGACGGCUUCACCUUCGGCUCCCGCCCGCCCCCCGACGCCCUCGCCGCGUCCCCGCGCACCCCGCCCCUCGCAGGCCCGCGCCCCUCCAAGCGCGGCCACCACCACAAGCACUCGCUCUCCCACAACUUCUUCUCCUUCCUCGAGCCCGGCGCCGAGCUCGCGCUCGAGCUCCAGACACAGCCGACGCCAGUGCCCGUGUCGCCGUGGAACCCGGACGCGUCAUUCUCCCCGCAUUCUGCGGGUCCCGACACGUCCUCCUUCGCGCUCGACCCGGCCCCCACCUCGACCCGCUCCCACUCCCACUCCCACUCACACGCGCACGCGCACUCUCACUCGCACUCCCUCGCCGACCACGAUCACGACCACGCGCACGACCAUGACCACGACCACGCGCCCGGACACGAAGACCUCGCGCCCGGACACGCGCACGGCGCCGAGCCCCAGCCCCCGCCCUCCGCCGCGCUCGCCGCGGGCGCACAGUUCGCGCUCGGCGCGUGGCUGUGGGUCGCCGGACAGCAGGCCGGCGCGCUCUCGUGCACCGCGCUCGGAUACUGGGUCGUGUUCGACGCGUUCGGGAUCGCCGCCGCCGCGUGGCUCCCCGCGCGCCUCCGCCAGCCCGCCGCGCAGGCGCCCCUCCGGCGGCCGUAUGGCAAUGCGCGCGUGGAGACCGUCGCGCUCUUCGCGCAGGUCGUCUUCCUCAUGUUCUCCGCCGUGUACGUGUUCAAGGAGGCGCUCGAGCAUCUGCUGCUCUCCGCCGGCGACGGGCACCACCACCACCCCGGCGACGAGUCCUCCGACGCGUAUGGGAUCGCGUUCCCGCUGCUCCCCAUCCUCGCGUCCUUCGUCACGCUCUUCGCCAGCGGCGUCUUCUUCCAGAACCACGCGAAGCUCAUGAACGUGACCGGCAAGCAGCUCCCGCUGCUGCGCUCGCUGUUGAACCCGUCCCGCCCGCACUACGCGUCGCUCAGCCUCGACCCGCCGUCGCCCCUCGAGCGCGUGCUCACGAACCCCUUCUCGCUCGCGCCCAUCGGCCUCGCCGCCGGCGUGUUCCUCGUCCCUAACCUCAUCCUUUCCGCGCAGCACCGUGCGUGGGACCUCGCCCUCGCGACCGCAGGGGCCGGCGCGAUGGCCGCCCUCGCGUACCCCGCGUGCGUCGCCAUCGGCACCGUCCUCCUUCAGACCUCGCCCCCGCGCGGGCUCCCAGGCGCGCGCAUGGAGUCUUUCCUGCGCGCCAUGCGCGAGAUCGAGCGCCACCCGCAAGUUGUGCACCUCCCCCCGCCGCACGUCUGGCAGCUCACGCCGCCCGAGCACGACCCCGCGCGCGGCACCGCGCUCGCGCUCGUCGCGACGCUCGAGCUGCGCGUGCCGCGCGACCUCGGCGACGCGGACGUGCUGCGGCUCACGCGCUGGGCGUGGGAGAAGUGCGUGCACGCACUCGGGCCCGGCGGGGGCGCGGGCGGGAGCACGGUCACGGUUGGCGUCGUGCGCAAUGAGUAG